AUGUUGGCAAGCUCCGCUACCUGCUGCCCGUCCACCGAACCACCACCUAGCCAGCAGACACCUGACACCAUUCGAAUUCCUUCAAUACUCUCCACCGACAUCGCCGCCCCGACGAACACUUCAAAACUGGCUUCUGUAAACAGCGUUCCAGAAAAUGAAGGGGAAAAUGUUAAAAACGAAUGUGAAGAUCCUGAAGUAAAUGCAAUGGCUCUCAAAAUGAAAGAAAAUUAUCAAAAAACUGCAACAGCAGCAGCUCCGGCUAAUGUGUAUAUAAACAGAGCCCAUAGAGGUGUAACAUUGGCUAAUGCACCAAUCACAACAAAUAACACAGAACAAAAUAUGCAAGGAAAAUUACUUAAAGAUUGUAAAGAUGUCGAAAGUAUGAAAGGUAAAUUUUCAUGGACAUUAAUCGCUGGAUAUUAUGUACCAUAUAUCAUACGAGUAAUUAAUGGUGAACUUUUGAAGUUUGUAUCUGUACGUAUGGCUGAAACUCACCUUCUCAGCAACUAUUUAGAUUAUUUACAUGCAGAUAUUUAUAAAUGCGCAUCUGUAAGAAGUCAUAUUAUCACUGAUACUGAAGCUAUAUUAUUAAACGAAAUCAACCAAGAACAUACCGACUCUAUAUACGGGAAAAAAAAGUUUUUCGCAGGAAAAGAUUAUAUUGUUUGUUUAGAAGAAGUUCAUGAAUUUUAUACGUUCAUAGAAGUAUGUUAUAAAAAAUUAAUGUGCAAUAUUACUCCAGGUAGCACAGAAAAAUGCGGUUUUAUACGUAUUAACUCUGAAUGUAUUGUGCCAUAUUGUAUUGAAGAUAACCGAAAAUACGUUCCGAUUUUCUUCUUUAAAGGCAAAUCAGAAAUCCUAGAGCGUCGAGCUGUAAAAUUAGAAAAUUGGAACUUGGCCUAUCUCAAGUUCUGUUGUAGAAUAAUUAAGGGUAUCAGAAAUGAGUUUUUUCUUAGUAACUCUUGCACAGUGAUCGAUGUUGAUGAUAUCAAGAAUUAUUUUCCACCGCAAACAAAUAUUGAGGAAUAUUGGCCAGGUAAGGAGGUUUAUACACAAUUCCUAACUAAUCAGAAAUCCACCCGUAUAAAUCCACCCAGUGACUGGAUCAGAGAACCCCCUAACGUAGUACCUGCUGAAAAUACUACUCCUCAUACCUUAACCGCACCUGCACCAAUAUUACCACCGAUUAUACCAGUGAUGAUCUCCUAUCAAAACAGAUGGCUACCAAACCAAAUGGUGAAUUCCUAUACCACUCAGGCUCAGCCACCAUCAACAACACGUGCCUAUUCUAUUGCAGCCAGAAAUCAAAGCAUAGCUGGGCAAUGCUAUAAUGCGAGUUCAACAAUGUCUCAAGGCAGCAGUUUGAUAAGCGGUUCGGGUCAUUUUGUUCCACCACCGUAUUUAGUCCAUGCAGGCAGUACGGCACCAGUAAUUGGUAAUACCGUUUCAUACUCCAACAUUGUACCUAAUAGUCAAUGUGUGGCAACUAUGUACAAUCCAAUGACCAAUAGCAAUGUAAUAUCACAUUCAAGUCAAAUGAGACAAUUCUACAAUCAACAUUCUUACAAUAGCCAAGCCCAACAACAACAGUUGCAGCAACAACAAAUUACUUAUCUUCAAACUCAGCAGUCACAUAGAGGCCAAUCUGUGUAUGAUCUUUUCACCAAUAAUCAACAGCGCAACACAAUGACGAAUGCUGGACCCAUUGUAAUUGCUCCAUCCCCAGAAAUCAUUGACUUACCGUCCUCAUCAUCCAGCCCGGUACAUCCAACGGUGCAGGUGACUCCUGUUUUUCCUAAUAUUAGCUGGGAAUUGACAAGAAUACCGGAACGUAUGUGGGCACUUGACACAUCUAAUAAUGAUGCAUACAAGAUCCAAACGGCCACACUUCAAGGAAAAAUUAUAUAUUGCAUAAACGCCAAACCAUAUAUAUAUUCUCAUUUAUUGAUUACACUAAAUGAUCUAAUCCUGAUGGUGCUGCCAGAAUGUACAGUCACGAAAUGCGCUUACGUCUUAAGCAAAUGCUUAAAUACAACAUUAUUCAGUGGAAAUUCCGAGCAAUUGACUGUGUUGCGGAGAAAUGGACGCCUCGUGUCGAUGCACCCGAAUGAUACACCCAUGGCCUUGUUACAAGAUGUCACAAGUGUUUUUCCGCAAUUAAUAAACACAUUGGCUGGUAUUGGUUGGAAUGAAAAUCAAAUUCAACAAUAUCAAUCUGCGGGUGGUCCGUCCAAAAGACAACGUACCGACUAGGAAUGGGCCUGGCACGGUGGAAGCACAGACCCGACUGGCAAAAGCUGGUGGCGGGCAGCAGCAGCAGUAACAGCGGUGGUGCCACUUCCAUCCCCGCCGCCAUCACUGGUUGGCAAUCGCCGCACUCACAUCACCCACCGUACCCAUUGCUGCAAAAUACCUACCAGAGUCGAAGAAACUGGCCUCCGCCCCCGCCGUACAUGUAUAAGGACUACUACCGCAACUAUGCAGCAUAUGUAAUCUGCGUGUCUAUGGAAAGUUGUUCCUCAUCAUCUCUUAUCGUGUUUUUCUCUCGUUUUUCGCGUUUUCUUUUGUUAUCCAGUUAUU